AUGGACCUCCUGUUCAGCGUGGUCACGAAAUACGAGCAUGAAAGGCGAGUGUGUGUUUUUGCCAUGAAAGUCGGCAACCCGCUGUUUGCACUCAGCGAGGCCUUCGUGCAAUUCAUCUUCCAGGGAUGCUGCUUUGUAACGUUCUACGCGAGGAAAGCCGCUCUGAAUGCCCAAAAUGAUCUGCACAACAUCAAAACUCUGGCCGGGAUGCAUCAUCCGAUCCAGAUGAAGCCGGCGGAUACGGAGAACAGAAAUGGUGAGUGCUUUUGCACCGUAUUCGUAGAAAACAUAUUUUUCCACGUAUCCGGCCAGUGUCAACUGGGUUCUUUCUGCGCCGCACCGAGUCGUGAAUAUUGA